AUGGCAGCAGCAGCCGCAGCAGCAGGAGCAGCAAGAUCGGCAGCAGCAGCAGGAUCUGCUGCUGCUGCUGCUGGUCCUGCUGCUGCUGCUCGCCGGCUCCGCCGGCGGUUCUCUCCUCGCCUGUGCAUAGCCUUGUUCUGCCUCAUCUGCAGCAGCAGCAGCAGCAGCAGCAGCAGCAGCAGCAGCAGGGUUGGCUUGGUGGGAGCAGCAGCAGCGGUUGCUGCUGCGGACUCCCCGCCGAUCCCAGUGCUAAUUGGGGAGCUGGAAGCAGCGCCCCCCGGGGGCCCCCUCGGGGGCCCCCCCCCGGGGGCCCCCGUACGCGCUGUGGGCCUCCAGCGUGGCGGAAGAGACUGCAGUACCCUCUCGCUUUGCAGAGGCCGCAAUGCCCUCUUUGAAGGGCCGCGGGACUGUUUUGGUGGGUUCUUUGCUGCUGCUGUUGUUUCUCUUUUUGACGCAGUGGCGGAGGGGGACCCCUGGGGGGCCCCUUGUUUGGCUGCUUUGCUGGGGAUGCCCUUCUUGUCAGCUCGCGCUGCUGCAGCAGAAGCAGCUGCAGCUGCUGCUGCUGCUGCAGCAGCAGCAGCAACAGCAGCAACUUGUGUUGCAGCGGCUGCGCCACAGCAACACGAGACACUAAUAGUACCUUUGCAGCAGCAGCAGCAGCAACAGCAGCAGCAGCAGCAGAAACAACAAAAGCAGCAGCAGCAACAGCAACUGCUUCUGUUGCUGCAGCAGCAGCAGCAGCAACAGCAACUGCUUCUGUUGCUGCAGCAGCAGCAGCAAGACACUCAGCCCUUACAUGGGGGUCCCUCAGGUGUACAGACACUAGGCCUCCCUCCUCGUCCCUCAUCAGCAACGGCAAGUCGUAGCUGCAGCAGCAGCAGCAGCAGCAGAAGGGACAGCAGCAGCAGCAGCAGCAGAAGGGACAGCAGCAGCAGCAGCAGCAGCAGCACAAGGGAGAGCAGCAGCAGCACAGGCAUAUGA